GAUAAAUCUGAUAAAAGAACAAAAAAUAAAAAACGAGCCCCGCCAAACAAAUUUUAAGUUACCUUCCAAAAUUUGGUGGACAGCGCCGGAAACUCAAAAAAAACUCAAAAUCCCCAAAUUGCACACAGAGCGCCGGAAACUUCAUUUCAACUGAAAACAAAAAAAUCUCAGAAAUGGCGCUUUUGCUCUGCCCUUUAUCUUCCCCCUCUCACCCUCACUUCUUCCUCCCAUCCAAUCUCAAUCUCAAUCUCUCUCCUUCUUACUUUCUCCUUCUCUCCCAGUCUCUACAAUCACUAAACCAUGACGGUGAAAGAGAUCUGCGUGAGGAUGACGAGAGCGGCGGCGAAACGAAAAGCUAUGGCCACGGAGGAGGAGCGAGUCAAUAAGAAGAGAGUGGUUCUCGGUGAGCUUCCCAAUGUGUCCAAUGUCGCCGUCUCAGCCAAUCCCAAUCAGAAAAUAGAGAUCUCAAAGCCCAGAAAAAGUCAUGGGGCUCCAGCGAAGCAGACAAAGAUUGCUCCAGUGGCGUUGGCUACCGUAGAAUCAGUAUCUGACAUUGAUGCUCGAUCUGAUGAUCCCAAGAUGUGUGGACCUUUUGUCACCGACAUCUACGAGUAUCUCCGCGAAUUGGAGGUGAAGCCAAAACUAAGACCUUUACCAGAUUAUAUCGAAAAGGUUCAGAAAGAUGUAACUCCAAGCAUGAGAGGUGUUUUGGUUGAUUGGUUAGUGGAAGUUGCUGAGGAGUACAAUCUUGUGCCUGAAACAUUUUAUCUCACUGUCUCUUACAUCGAUAGAUUCAUGUCCUUAAAGACUGUCAACAAGCAAAAGCUUCAGCUUGUAGGAGUUUCUGCGAUGCUUAUUGCUUCGAAGUAUGAAGAGAUAAGUCCUCCUAAAGUGGAAGAUUUCUGUUACAUCACGGAAAACACAUAUACUAAACAAGAUGUGGUGAAGAUGGAGGCAGAUAUACUUCUUGCGCUUCAAUUCGAACUAGGAAGGCCUACAAUCAAUUCUUUUAUAAGACGGUUCACAAGGGUUGCUCAAGAAGAUUUUAAAGUGCCACACUUGCAGCUAGAGCCUCUCUCUUGCUACUUAUCAGAAUUGAGUAUAUUAGAUUACAAAACUGUGAAGUUUGUGCCAUCUCUGUUAGCUGCUUCUGCUGUCUUUCUUGCUCGGUUCAUCAUCCGUCCCAAACAACAUCCUUGGAAUCAGGUGUUAGAAGAAUACACAAAGUACAAAGCUGCUGAUUUACAAGUGUGUGUGGGAAUUAUGCAUGACUUGUAUCUAAGCAGAAGAGGUGCUAAUUUACAAGCUGUUAGAGAUAAAUACAAGGACCCUAAGUUCCAGUGCGUUGCGACCAUGCCUGUAUCACCUGAGGUGCCUGUUACCCUUUGGGAGGAUGUUACCAUUUGAUCAGUACAAAAUACAAGCUUUGCACUUGGAGAAAGGGCUAAAGCGAAGAUAAAGGAGAGGAACAGUUAGGACAUAUUGAUGAAGAUUGAUCUUGAGAAGCAUUACGAUGAGCUUAACGAAAAGAUGGAGCAUUAUGAUUUAGUUAGUGGAAUAGAACUUUUGAUUCUCAAAGCUGCUUGAGACACGGUCCUUGGAAUUUAUUUCUAAAGAGAAAAAGUUGGAAGUGGUGAGUGUGGACAUCUGGACUUGAGGGAACUGUUUAUCAAAUCACCAAAUUACGAAAUGGAGGAGACUUGUUCAACAGAUGGAAUCAAAAAGCAACAGAUGGAAUCAAAAAGCUAAGGAGUGCACAUUAUGAAUCAAUUAGGCUGUUGAUUUGAGGAAAACUCUGAAGUACUUGCUUCUGAAAAGAAGAGACAAUGAAGAAUGGAGAUAUUAGUGAGAGUUGAAUAUAUAUUUACUCUUGUAGUGAGAGUUAUUGGCUCUAUGGUUUUAAUGAAUUUAUAAAAAAUUAAUUAAAUUCAGUAUUAUUAGUUCUAUGAUUUUAAAAUCUAUAUUUAUAUCAUAUGUUAUUGGUUUUAUGAUUUUAA